UCAGCACCCGUGCGUCCGGAAGAUGGCGGCGUCCACCGACGCGGGAGCGUCUGGCCGGGGCGGCCGCCGGCGGCGCGUGGGCCGCGGGAAGCGCGUUGAAGGGCGCGGGCCCGGCGGCGGGGCGGGGCCCCUGAAGCGGCUGAAGCUCGCGGUGGAGGAGUUCGUGCAGGCGAGCGGCGAGGGCCGGCCCUCCGGCGGCCGCGAGGGGCCCCGGGCGGAGCGGCGCGCGCGUCCCGGCGGGAGGAAGAGCCGCCGGGAGCUGAGGAAGGAGAAGCGACAGCUGAGGAAGGCGCGCCGGCUCCAGAGGACCGCAGCCCCGGGCGGCGGGGCCGGGGAGGGGAGCGCGCCCCGGGCGAAGGGCACCGAGGGGCGGGCCCCACGGCCACCGCCUCCGGCCCCGCCGCCUCCGGCCCCGCCGCCUCCCCCGGCCCCGACCAGGGCCGCCGUCGGCAGCACCCGGCCCUCCGCCGCUGCCGCCGCCGCCCGGAGACGGGCGCUUCUGGCGGCCAACGAGGAGGAGGACCGAGAGAUCCGCAAGCUGGAGCGCUGCCUGGGCCUGCACCGGCGCCGGAGGAAGGGGGACGCCGGCUCGGUGCCGCCCAGCUUCGCCCGCGACGGGCUCGACUACAUCCUGGGAGCCCUGGGGGCGGCGGAGGGGCGCGGCCUGUGCGACAGCGGCAGCGAGGACGACGGACCGACGGCGCGCCACGGCGACGCGGGGAGUGACUCGGAGGAUGGCGGCGACGCGGGGAGUGAGGCCGAGGAUGGCGGCGACGCGGGGAGUGACUCGGAGGAUGGCGGCGACGCGGGGAGUGAGGCCGAGGAUGGCGGCGACGCGGGGAGUGACUCGGAGGAUGGCGGCGACGCGGGGAGUGACUCGGAGGAUGGAGGCGACGCGGGGACUGAGGCCGGGGCCGGGGGCGGGGAGCGGGAGGAGGAGGAGGACGCGCCGGCGGAAGAGCCGCAGAAAGCAGCGGCAGGGAGGAGAGCGAAGGAGAAAGCGGGCGGAAGGAGAGUCCGGUUUGCGGAAGACGAAGAAACGAGUGAGAACUCCCGGGAGGAUGUGGACGCAGCCGUUCAGCAGAGUCUUUGUGAAAAUGCGGGAAAGUAUCUCCCCCCUCAUGUGCUGCGAGUGGAGGAGACAGUGGCUGCCGGGAAAAGGGAAGAGAGAGAACGGCUGAAGAAGCAUGUCCAAGGCCUAAUUAACAGGUUGAGUGAGCCGAACAUGGCCUCCAUCAGUGGGCAGCUGGAGGAGCUGUACAUGGCCCACAGCAGGAAGGACAUGAACGACACCCUGACGGGCAUCCUCAUGAGUGCCUGUGCUCCGGGCACGGCCAUGCCGGGCAGGCUGGUGAUGGAGCACGUCCUCCUGGUCAGCAUCCUGCACCGCACAGUGGGCAUCGAGGUUGGAGCUCACUUUCUGGAGGCCGUGGUGAGGAAGUUUGAUGACAUCUAUAAAAAGGGAACCGAGGGCAAAGAGUGUGACAACCUAUUCACCAUCAUUGCACAUUUGUAUAACUUCCACGUGGUACAAUCUCUCCUCAUCUUCGACAUUUUGAAAAAACUUAUUGGAACUUUCACAGAGAAAGAUAUCGAACUGAUCCUGUUAAUGCUGAGAAAUGUGGGCUUUUCCUUGAGAAAAGAUGAUGCUUUGUCACUUAAGGAACUAAUCACAGAGACCCAGGCCAAAGCCAGCGGGGCAGGCAGCAAGUUCCAGGACCAGACCAGGAUUCGGUUUAUGCUGGAGACGAUGUUGGCACUGAAGAACAAUGACAUGCGGAAAAUUCCGGGUUAUGACCCUGAGCCUGUAGAGAAACUGAGGAAAUUGCAAAGGGCUUUGGUGCGUGGCGCCGGCUCGGGCACAGAAUCUCAGCUGCGCGUGUCCUGGGACAGCGUCCUGAAUGCCGAGCAGACGGGGCGCUGGUGGAUCGUGGGGUCAGCCUGGAGCGGGGCCCCCAUGAUCAGCAGUCAGCAGAAGGCCCCGCAGAAGCCACUGGCAGGCACGGUUAGCGCCAAGAUGCUGGAACUCGCCCGGAAGCAGAGAAUGAACACCGACGUCAGGAGAAACAUAUUUUGUACAAUUAUGACUAGUGAGGAUUUCUUGGACGCAUUUGAGAAGCUUCUGAAGCUUGGGCUUAAGGACCAGCAGGAAAGGGAAAUAGUCCACGUUCUCAUGGAUUGCUGUCUGCAGGAGAAAACGUACAACCCCUUCUACGCCUUCCUGGCCGCCAAGUUCUGCGACUAUGAGAGGAGGUUCCAGAUGACGUUCCAGUUCAGCAUAUGGGACAAAUUUCGAGAGUUAGAGAACUUACCAGCCACCAACUUCUCCAAUUUGGUUUAUCUGGUGGCCCACUUGUUGAAGACAAAAUCACUCCCACUUUCCAUUUUAAAGGUGAUUGAGUUCAGUGAAUUGGAUAAACCCAGAGUCCACUUUUUACGAGAAGUGUUACAUGUGCUGUUGAUGGGAACAGAAGCUGAAGACCUUUGUUUCAUUUUCGCAAGGGUGUCCGACAACCCAAAGCUGGGUGUGCUGCGCGAAGGUUUGAAGCUCUUCAUCAGCCACUUCUUGCUAAAGAGCGUGCAGGCGCACCGCAGUGCCGAGGAGGCCAGUGCGCUGCGGGAGCGAGCUGAGCUCGCCACCAAGGCCUUGCAAGGAAGGCCUUCGCUGAGAAUGUAGGGACCUGUCUGCCAGGCGCCCUUUUAACCCAAAGGCCUGUUACUCUGCUGGCUAUAAAAGCUGGGGAGAGCCAUAUCAUAUGGUCUGUUGUAUUUACAGUAUUAUAUUUUGAGAUAAUUUUUGAUCCAAGGUUAUAUUGUGUGUGUUGUAAACCA